AUGCCCCAGUUACCCUCUAGCUCAACUUUCUCUGAAAGGAAUGAGGGCCACCCAAAUGUAUGGAGAACCCAAGUACAGGAAGAGCCCAACAUGUUCACCACUUUGAUCCCAAAAUCCCCAACAAGAUGUCAACGUAACAUCCAUUUGUCUCUGGCCCUCAAUGAAGCCAAGUGCAUGGCGAACAUAUCAUUCCCUAUGAUCUUAACCGGUCUUUUACUCUAUUCUCGUUCCAUGAUCUCCAUGCUCUUCCUGGGUCACCUCGGUGAACUCGCUCUCGCCGGUGGCUCUUUAGCCAUUGGAUUCGCCAACAUCACUGGUUACUCUGUUCUCUCUGGCCUCGCCAUGGGGAUGGAACCCAUCUGCGGCCAAGCCUUCGGUGCCAAAAGAUUAAAACUUCUCGGCCUCACCGUGCAGAGAACCGUGCUUCUUCUUCUCCUAACUUCACUUUUCAUCUCCUUCCUAUGGCUCAACAUGAAGAAACUAUUGCUCUUGUGUGGUCAAGAACAGGAUAUCGCCAACGAAGCCCAAUUCUAUAUACUCUAUUCUCUCCCUGAUCUCAUAGCACAAUCGCUGCUACACCCUUUGAGAAUCUACCUUCGAACCCAAUCAAUAACCCUUCCACUCACAUGCUGUGCCGCGCUCUCUAUCGUUCUCCACGUUCCCAUUAAUUACCUCCUCGUGUCUGUUCUCAAGCUUGGAAUCAAAGGUGUCGCUUUAAGCGCUGUUUGGACGAAUUUCAACCUCGUGGGAUCGUUGAUUAUCUACAUCUUGCUUUCGGGAACACACAAGAAAACGUGGCCUAGUGUUUCUUGGGGAUGCUUAAAGGGGUUUAAGACACUCAUGAAUCUCGCGAUUCCGAGCUGCAUUUCGGUUUGUCUCGAAUGGUGGUGGUACGAGAUCAUGAUUUUGCUUUGUGGGUUAUUGGUUAAUCCACAUGCAAGUGUUGCAUCAAUGGGGGUUUUGAUUCAAACGACGGCGUUGAUAUACAUUUUUCCGUCUUCUUUGAGCUUUGGGGUGUCAACGAGGGUUGGGAACGAGUUGGGUGCAGGGAAUCCCGAGAAAGCGAAGCUCGCGGCGAUUGUGGGACUCUGUUUCAGCUUCGUUUUGGGGUUCUGUGCUUUGACGUUUGCCGUUUCCGUGAGAAAGGUUUGGGCUUGUAUGUUCACGCAGGAUGAAGAGAUAAUUGCGUUGACGUGUAUGGUGUUACCGAUUAUUGGGCUUUGUGAAUUAGGGAACUGUCCACAAACGACGGUUUGUGGCGUUCUGAGGGGAACGGCAAGACCCAAAUUGGGAGCAAACAUAAACUUGGUGUGUUUCUAUCUGGUGGGAAUGCCAGUUGCAGUAUGGUUGGGUUUCUUUGCGGGAUUUGACUUCAAAGGGUUGUGGGUGGGUUUGUUGGCAGCGCAAGGGUCUUGUAUGAUGACAAUGAUGCUGGUGUUGGCACGGACAAAUUGGGAUGGUCAAGCACAAAGAGCCAAGGAUCUCACAUCAUCUGAUCCUAGUGAAGACUAUAAAGUAGAGGAUCAUGAAGAGGAACUCAAAUACGAGCAAAAUGACAAGUGCUUUUUGGGUUCAUGUGCCACCAAAGAUGCCUCUCAUUUUCUUGUUUGA